UUUUUUUCCAAAAAUACACUGGGUAUACUUGGUGACAAUCCAAUAAAAAAAAUAAUAAUAUAAAAUUUGAAGCAUGUCGAUCAAGUGACACAAGCUGGUGAUGAAACACGUUUUUGAAAUUCGAGAAUAUUUGAAAAGCAAAAGGAUUAUAUAUAUAAGAAAAUCGAUAAAAAAAAAUAUAUUGUUCAGAUAAAUAUUGGCCUGGAGUAAAAAGAAUAAAAGACAGUAUUGAGUUUGAAAAUUAAAUCCACAUUCCAGAUGAAUUCUCCAGAGCAAGCUGUUAUAUUUCCAUCUCGGGUGAAAAUUAUCCAAGCAGCUUUUGUUGAUUUAUUUUUUUAUUCAACAUAAAUGAUAUAUACUGAUAAAUAGCAAUCUUGGAUAAUCGUGAAAUUAAUCGGAAAAUAAUAUAUAAAAAAAAAUUAAUAAUAAAUAAGUGAUAAAAAAAUGAGUACGGUUAUUGAUAACGGCACUGAAGCCGCUAAAUCACGUGGUGCAUUUACUAGAGCAUUUGCUAAACGAGCUCAACCCUAUGAGGAAGCACUCAAAAGUUUAAAUCGAUUGAGCAAAGAUGAAAGUGGAAUAAUUCAUGAUGAUGGAGAUUCAACGCAUCCCACCUUGGCCUUGAUGAAACGCAUCCUUGCUGAUGCACAAGCAAAACUUCGCGUAAUGGUGGAAGAAAACGCAGCAACGGGUGCCCGUCUUGACGGUGAACUCGAACGUGCACGUGGUGAAUGUGCAAGUUUACGUGGUGAACUACGUGAAGUUCGUGGUACACUUGUAACAAAUAAUACAAGUAAUUCAACAAAUGGCCAACAAAAUAAUAUAAGUAGUAGUAAUAACACUUCAACAAAUACAACAAUUCAAGGAACAAUAACAACAACAACAACAACAAUAAUAAAUAGUUCAAUUGUUGGUACAACAUCAAAUAUAUCAACAGGAUCAAUGAAUAAUCAUGAAGUUAAAAUUGAUUCAUCACAACAAGAUGAAUUAAAACGUUUAAGUACAGCAAGUAGUCCUGUUGAUAAAAAAAAUAUACCAAGUGAAAAAUCAGUUAGUCCAAUUGAUAAAACAAACAGUCCAAUUGAUAAAAAAGAACGUUCAAGUCCAAUUGAUCGUAAUCGAUCAAGUCCAUCAAUUGAAAAAAAAAAUGGUUCACCAAGUCCAAGUGAAAAAAAUCGUCGUCCAUGGACAAAUGUUGAUAAAACACGUUUAGGUUCAGGUGGUAGUGUUGAUUCAAGAUCUGGUAGUGCAAGUCCAGAUCGUUGUAGUAAUCGUGGAUUAUUUCAACGUAGCGGUAGUGAACGUUCAAGUGGUGAAAGAUUACGUAUAACAACAUCAUCAUCAUCAUCACCAUCAUCAUCAUUAUCAACAACAACAUCAACAACAACAACAGCAACAACAACAACAACCACAACAACAAAUCGUGAUUCAUUACGUUUAUCAAAAGAAACAAGUGAACAAGAUACAAGUAAAGAUUUAAUUGAUGGUGAUGUACGACCAGAUGAUGACAAUGAACCACCAGCACCAGCACCCGGAAGUAGACCAACGUCUCCAAGCAAUCCUCUUGGUAUUGGAGAUGCAAUUGUUGCAUCAAGAUUAUCAAGUUUACAUGUUGGACAACCAGUAGAACUAGCAAGUGCACGUCGUUUACGUCUUGAAAAUGAAAGAUUAGUUGCUGAAGUUGCUAGAUUACGUAGAUUAUUAUUAAGUGGUGCUGCACGUGGUGAAGUUGGUGGUGAUGAUGCUGCAAUUGAAGAAGAAGCACGUUUUGUUGCACUUGAAAUGGAAUUACAACAUUCACGUGAAGUUGUACAAGCCCUUAAAACAGAUAGAAAACGUUUAAAAGCUGAAAAAUUUGAUUUACUAAAUCAAAUGAAAGCACUUUAUUCAACACUUGAAGACAAAGAACGUGAAUUACGUGAUUUUAUAAGAAAUUAUGAACAGCGGAUGAGGGAAAAUGAAAUGACACUUGGACGUUUACAACAACAAGGUGCUGGUUUGCCAACAGAAGAACGUGAAAGAGAACGUGAACGUGAACGUUGGAGUUUAUUAAGAGCUGCUAGAGAUGAAGCUGACAGAAGUCUCAGUUUAGCUGCUAGUCUUUCUGAUAAAGAAGCUGCUCUUUCUCAUGCACAUGCCACCAUAAAAGAACUUCAACGUCAAUUGGGUGAUCGAGGUGGUAACAGUGGUAUUUGUUUGAGUGAUCAAGAAUCAUUAGUAUCAUUUCCACGUGGUAGUGUUAAUGGUACAGCAACACCAGGUGCAUGUAGUACAAGUGGUAUUGGUGGAUCAUUACUUUUACCUCAUCUUACAAGUCAACAAGCACUUGGUGUUAAUGAUAUAUGUACUGGUGGUAGUGGUGGUAGUGUUGGUGUUACUGGAAGUUGUGUAUCUGGUACAGGUCAAGCUGGUGAUCGUGGUAGUUGCAGUGCUGAUAGUGGUGUUCGUGGAUCAAGUGAUCGAGAAAGUGGUGGGGCUACAAGUGUUGGAGGAAAUUUAUCAGAUUCAACAACUGAUGGCACACCGACAAUAACCGUCGAGGGAAGUGGCCUCGACAUGGACAGCAUCUCAGUCGUAUCAUCAAUUGCCCCAUCGCACAUGUACCAAUCAGCAACAACACCAAAAGAUUGUAGUCCAACAUUAUCACCAUUAAAUGCAUUUUCACGAUCAAUGGAUACAUCAAUGUCACGUUCAGUUGAACAACUAUCAAGUCCAAUGGAUUCAGAGCCAAGAAGAAAUAAACAACCUCUACCUGUCGCUGCACCUGUCGCUCAUGCUCGUUCAUCAGCAACAAGAGGUGGUCCUUGGGGUUCAAUUUCAAGGGUAUUUGCACGUUCACGUCAUAGAAAAACAUUAAAUAAUUCAAUAAGUAAUACUGGUAAUGAUGCAUCAGAUACAUUUGAUCCUUAUCGUUCAUGGUCACCAAUGACUGAAGAUGGUUAUGCUGAAAAACUUAGAUUAUUAAGAGAAGCAGCAACAAUACCAAUGGAAAGAUGGCGAGCACCAACUGUUCUUGCAUGGCUUGAAGUUGCUCUUGGUAUGCCACAAUAUGGACCACGUUGUGCUGAAAAUAUAAAAUCUGGAAAAGUUUUAUUGGAAUUAAAUGAUGCUGAACUCGAGGCAGGCCUUGGGAUAACACAUCCAUUACAUAGAAAAAAAUUACGUCUUGCUAUUGAAGAACAUCGUCAUCCAAAUCUUGUACGUUAUCCAUGUAUAUCACAAUUGGGACAUACAUGGGUAAGUUCUGAAUGGUUACCUGAUCUUGGUCUAGCACAAUAUGCUGAUAGUUUUGCAACAAAUAUGGUUGAUGCACGUAUGCUUGAUCAUAUUGUUAAAAAAGAACUUGAAAAACUUCUUGGUGUUACGAGAAAAUUUCAUCAAGCCAGUAUCAUGCAUGGUAUUAAUUUAUUGAGAAUGCUCAAGUACGAUAGACAGGCACUUGCUGUGAGACGUCAUCAAUCAGAACAAGUUGAUGAAGAUCCACUUGUCUGGACAAAUCAAAGAUUCAUCAGAUGGGCAAGAAAUAUUGAUCUUACUGAAUACGCUGAUAAUUUAAAAGAUUCUGGAGUUCAUGGAGCACUUGUUGUAUUGGAGCCAUCAUUUACAGGUGAUACAAUGGCAACAGCAUUAGGAAUUCCACCAGCAAAACAUAUGAUACGAAGACAUCUUACUGCUGAAUUAGAAGCACUAGUAUUACCAGCAAGAAGUCAUCUGGAAGUCAUCCCAAGAAAUCAUAUUGGUGCUAGCAGACCAAUGAGUACAAUAAGUGCUGGUGGAAGUUUAGGACGUGGUAAUCGUGCACUACAUCUUCAACAUCAUCAGAGUUCAUUAUCAGCACUUCAUAUGGCUGCAGCAAAUGCAGCAAAUACUAUUGACAGAAGACGUUCAAGUUUGAGGACCUGCAGUCUUCUUUACCUGAAAAAGUUAUCAUGGAGGAGCUCUCAGGGUUCUUUAAGUAGAGCAUUUGGUUUUCGUCCUCGAAGUGAAAAAGCAUCACCAUCAUCAUCAUCAGAUACUGGAAGUUUGAUAAGUCAAUGUCAAUACAUGAGUAGUAUACGUAGUAAUUCACCACCACCACCACAAUUACCACCAAGACCAAAUGGUAAUGGUAAUUGUAUUAUUAAUAAUAAUAAUACAAAUAAAAAUAAUAAUGCUGUAACAACAAUAACAACAAAUGGAAAUUUAUUAAUUGGUACUGGUAAUAAACGUCAUCGUCGUGUUAAAAGUAUUGGUGAUAUUGAAUAUAUAACAAAUGCACCAGUUAGUACACCAGUCUGACAAGACGA